AGAGAGAGAGAGAGGGGCAUAAAGGCAGGCUGAGAGAGGGACAGCAAUGUGAACUCAAGAAGAUAAACAAGAAAGAAAAAAGGAAGCUCUGUCCACAUCUCCAAGAGUGGCGAGAAGGGUGGCCUGCAGCAGAUAGCAACACCCUGGCAAUGGCCCAGCCCCAGCCCCAGCCCCUGCCCUCCACUAUGUCUUGGAAGGAGGAGAUGCAGAAGAUUGCAGAGCAGGUCCUCACUAAACUGCAAGGCCUUUCCGAGGCAGACCCCCUGGAGAUCGGAGCCUUCACCAUCCUGCUCAUCUUCAUCGCGACGGUUCUGAUCAUGUUCAUCCUGGCCUGCAUUCACUGCUGUUGCUGCUCCGCCCCCCAGCACAGAGUCUCCAGGGUCAAGCCUUUUCACCAACCCUGAGAUGCCCCCCACUGUCCCAGCACAGCACCACCUGCUGGGCUUCUGCUACACUGCAGCUCUGCACCAGCCUCAUGUUCAACACUGUACCAACAACCCAGUGAACUACUCAGAGCAGGCUGGAAACAAGCGACAUAACACACUGAAACUAUACCGGACCACAGGAAAAGCAAGCUGCCAGGACUGGCAAUGUCAGGCAAGAAAGUAAGGACUGAAUGAGAACAUGCAGGGAAUUACAAUUGCAACAUUGGUGGUGGCACCGUAUGCUAUGCAAAAAAUCAUUAAGAGAAAUAAAAUAUCUAAGGGCAUAUAUAACUAACAAGCAUAACAUUCAUUUGUUGUAUAUGGUAUUCCUAGGAAAGGCAGCAACAUAGAAUGACAGGAGACAACCUCCUGGACAGAAAUAAGGUGGUCCCACAGUACUAAACAAUUCCUCUUUGUUGGACCUUUCACCCCGACAAUGGCUCUGAGCUUCUAUAAACAUGAAGCACAUUUUCUUUUUAGACCAAUAACUGAACUGUUACCUUCGUUUUUGCUGCCACAUGGAUCCCACAGAGUAAUGCAAAUGGAUCAAAUAUGCUUCAGUUGACUUCAUGUGUAACACCAAUAAACUACAGGGAAAAACAAGACUUUACUAAUGCCUUUGACAUGAAAUAUCCAUGAGUGCCUUCUACAGUUUGAAAUGUAUACUUCUCUUUGGUCCUUAAUAAAUGAUGCAUUCUCUUAGAAUCCAGACGCAGUUUUGUAUUGCAUGGCUUUCCUGACACAAGGAUACAGUCUCAUGCAGGAUGCAUAAUUCAGGAGUGCCUUCUGGUGGUCACUUAUAUUAGAACAACCAGCCAAGUGGAUUCAUAUUCACUAAAUCCCAUGCAAAAGUAUUUAGAAGUUGUUGUAUGAACAUCCAGUCUCAAAUAGUUAUACAUAAUCACCUCAGCCUAUAUACGGUGCUGUGCAUCAUUAUCUGAGGCAGACUAUUAUGUCAGAGCACCACUGACGCACAACCCAAUCCUAGGGCAAUUGACAUGUGGAACCUGUUAUUAGAAUUAUUAUUUUUUUACAGUAAAUUUGUUGUAUUGUUUUUGUUAUUGCUGUAGUGGUACCGGCAUGUUAAAUAAAGCUUUGAUUUGCCCAACGCAACGCAAACUUAAUACUGUACUGCAAGCAGCAUAAACUACGGCACCAUUACAUACAGUACACAAUAUGUAUUCAAAAAAUAUACAAUUAUACAAAAUUACAACAAUAUUACUUUUCCUUAAAGCUUUUUUUUUUUAAAACAUGUCUUGAUUGUUGUAUAUCUAUACACACCUGAACCAAAUAAAGUACCUGAAAUGAA